AGUAGCUCCCCGAACGGGCGAGCGGGAGAGGACAUUCUGCUUUGCUGGUAACCGCAUUUAAUCGAGUCGCAUAGCAUCCCACCUCGCAGUCCCUGGAACGCAAGUCAUCGACGCCCGAGGCUUCCGCCCAGAUGCGUCCAGACUCUAGACCCACACCGGCCGACUGCAUCCUUGCCGUCUCGCAGCCGUCUCGCACGUCCUGAGUCAGCUUCGCUCAAGAUUCCGCCGCGCGGUCACCCUUUGAGGCGAGGGCGUGAUGGCGCUGCUUCGCCCGCACACCGCGCACGGAAUCGCGUCGAAACCCCUCCUAACAGCGCUCCCCGAUUCGUCUCCGCUACAAUGCUCCCCGCUAAACGACGCAUUCGCCCUGCUUCCCGCGCAUUCCUCGGACCAUGUCGUAUCCCGCGCCAUUUGGCCGUUGACCGCACGCAGUUCCCAGAGCGCAAGAGCGAGCACACGCACAAGCACAGAAGGGCCGCCGUUUCUCUCUUCUCGCCGACAGCAUCCCCGAUGUCCCGGCACCGGUAUUGCCGGUGCGAGGUAUGCCAGAUACGCCACGGAUGCGCACAGAAGAAACUGGCGAGCAGGGACGGCCUUCUCCACUUCCGAGAAUUCUGGCAACGCGGAUGAGUCUGAGCCGUUGAUUAUUGAAGACGCGGAUUGCGUGGUGGUAGGCGCGGGGGUAUCGGGCCUCUCAGCCGCAUUCGCGCUAGUAACGAAGCACGCCGCUACAGUGCCGCGCGUGCUUGUAACGGAGGCACGGGACCGCGUGGGAGGCAAUGUGACUACAGUGGAGGGAGAGGCGGGCACGGAGCGGGAGGGGUACGUGUGGGAGGAGGGGCCGCACAGCUUCCAACCCAGCGAUGCCAUGCUGCAAUGCGCUCUCGACUGUGGCAUUCUCCCCGACCUUGUGCUCGGAGCUCCUGACGCUCCCCGCUACGUCUUUUGGGACGGCAAGCUGCGUCCCAUUCCCUCGGGCCCCGGCGAUCUGAUCUCCUCUGACCUGAUCACGCUGGGAGGGAAGCUACGGGCAGCACUGGGGUUCGCAGGGGUCAGAGUAGCCCAGGCAGCCAGCAGCACGGAGGAGAGCGUGUCGGAGUUUGUGUCUCGCAUCCUCGGCCCUCAACUGCUGCACCGACUGGUCGACCCCUUCUGCUCCUGCAUAUUCGCAGGGGAUGCAGCGCAGAUGAGCAUGCGGGCAGCGUUCAACCGCAUAUGGCGCAUGGAGGCGGAGGGGGGCUCGCUGCUGAAUGGAAUGGUGCAGCUGGCGCAGGAGAGGACGAAGGCGAAGGAGAGUGCUGCGCCUCGCAACCCCCGUCUCCCCAAGCCUCAGGGCCAAUCAGUGGGCUCCUUUCGAUCAGGGCUCGUCACUCUCACGCGUGCCAUGGCUGAAAGGCUAGGCAGCAGAGUGCGUGUGGGGUGGCGGCUGGUGGGCGUGCAGCAGCGAGCACAAGGGGGGGUUGUUCUGACCUACGACACGCCACAUGGCACAACACAAGUGGCUGCUCGCUCUGUGCUGCUAACCGUACCUGCUUAUGUUGCUGCUGACGUCAUCAGGCCAUUCUCUCCCACAGCAGCAGAUGCACUUACCGCCAUUCCCUACCCGCCCAUGGCGUCCGUGGCGCUGUCGUACCCAGCCACUGCUGUGAGGGAGGGGGCGGAGAAGGCAGGGGAGCUAAGGGGGUAUGGGCAGCUGCACCCGAGCUCGCAGGGGCUGGCGACUCUGGGCUGCAUCUACAGCUCGGCUCUCUUCCCCCAUCGAGCCCCCGUCGGCCGAGUGCUAGUAAUCUGCUAUGUGGGCGGCGCAGGGAACGACGCGGUCACUCAAAUGUCCCCAGCUGACCUCAUAGCAGCCGUGGAUCGGGACAUGCGCACCACACUGCUCCAUCCCUCUGCCCCCGCGCCCCUGGCCCUCGGAGUGCGCGUGUGGCCCCGCUCCGUUCCCCAGCUAAACAUAGGGCACCUGGGAAGGAUCGAGGCUGCGAGAGAGGGGAUUAAAGAGGCGGGGAUGCAAGGGGUCUUUCUUGGGGGGAACUACUUGACCGGUGUUGCGUUGGGAUGGUGUGUAGAGGGAGGCUAUGAGAAUGCGGCUGAGGUUGGAAGAUAUUUGAGCGAUGAGGUUGAGACGAUGCGUGGGCUGUAACUUAGAACUAUAGUGAGGUUAGUCCCUUUUUGUGCUUUGAUUGUAACAUAAAUUUUUUGCUAAACAUGCU